UCCAGUUGUACGAUCGAAGACAUGCAAAAACGCCGAUCUUUCUGCGUUUUGCAGCAACGCUAAAUCUUGUGUAUCGGCAAGCCACACUUUCAAACCAUCGUGAAGUCGAACCAACAUGGACUUGGACUUGGUCGACAUGGUUCACCUGCACAGUGACGACGACCUGCACGUGAUGGACCUGAACGUGAUGCACAAGAACUUGUACCCCGACAGCCCCACAGACGACAGCAACUCGACACAUGUGCGGCGGCGGGCGCUGUCGCUAAACAACGUCACAAUCGAGGACUUUUACGACUUUUUCGACAAACCGAUUGUGGCCGUGGCACGUGAAUUUGGUGUGUGUACAACUUUGUUCAAGAAAAUCUGCAGGAAAAGCGGCAUCCAUCGGUGGCCGUACCGCAAGAUUAGCUCGUUGUCAAAAACCAUCGACGCGAUUCAGGACUCGCUGCAUCAAGACCUAAGUCCGUCUGAGCGCACGAAAUUGUUGGCACAGCUUGACGAUCUGCACAAAAAGCGCGAUUACGUGCGACGGAACCCAAACUCGAAAGUGGCGCUGAUCAAACCUGCCGACGCUCUCGCCCUCGCCUGUCGAUCCAAGCCCAAACUCGAGAACCAAGUCUUUGACGACUCGACCUCUGACCCGUGCAGCGGCGACUCGCCCCACAACGACUACAACCCUGAUCUCACAUACAACUUUGGCGACUCAAUCGAAGAUGACUUUCCGCAGUCGCCAAACUUGUACAGCCAUCACCCGUUGCUCGCAACCGACCUUGUGCUGGACGACUACAGCUGCGUGGUGGAAAUAUAGGGUCCCCAAUAGCACCAAGUUAGAGCAAAUUGAUCACAUUUUAAAGCCAAUUACAUUAACAUUUCAAAGGUCAUUUGGUGGUUCUCAA